AUGCCGUCGUUGUGGCUUGAGGAACUAGAGCAGUUACGGCACGACCAGUCGAACAAUAUACCCCACUCGAACGAAGCGCAGCGCCCUAGCACCGGGGUAUGCGGUCCAUACUCGUGGGAUUCAAGCAUGCGUCAGGAACAAAUACGGGCUAUGAUGGCUUUACAGUACUCAGAUGAUAUCAAUAGGUCCAGGUGGAACGAGAGCCAGCAAAACAAUGACCUCAGUUACAGCCCGGCUUUUUCAGGUUCUCCAGUCGUCUCCAGCACGGCUCCCCAGACUCGAUCUUCGGACAUCGAUUCACUGUUCGAAGGCAGUGACGCCGGGGGCGAGAUCUCGAUGCUACAGAGUCGUUUUGAGGAAACAGCAGGCGAAAGUCCAGCAGACGCUAUAUCGCAUCACGGUCACGACCGGCCUUCCGCUUGCGGACCCAGCCGACAGCUCCAAGGCCAGCAGAGUGCCUCGUUGUCCGAAGCAGAAUACGAACCCGAGGAGCCGGCCCACGGUGAGGGAGGAUACGAAAGACACCCAGCAACGCAAGAGGAGGUGCCACGCAGGCAAUUACCAGAAAACGGGUGGCAUUCCAAUGACAACGAAGCGGCAUGGCAAAGCAUCUCACAACAACGCGAACAACUUCAAGGACAACGGGAGGAAACAGACACAAAGCGUGAGGACGUUCACGAUUGUUCAUUGACGAGACCUGCGGCUGCGGAGACCCCAAGAAGCAAUGUUCAUGCCUUCCAGGCUUGUGUCAAUGUGCUACUUGCAGCAAGCAUGGGCAUCGGAUUGUGGAACCCAUCAGACACUGCGGAUGUGGUACAACCGGUCAGACGUGUCGCUGUCAACCUGAUCAAUAUUCGUGCACCGGUUGUGAUGAGCAUCCGGGCUGUGAAAACGACGGAGAUCUCGCCGAGCUCGAAGUAUAUCAGGAACAAGCCGCAGACUAUCAAUCACAGUCUCAACCAUUGCCGCAGAUCGAACUCUACAUCGGGGGCCAGCGCACGACAACAGCUACAAAUGCCACGCAUGCCUGCCGGUGCAUACAUGGUAGUAUUUGCUCCUGUUCGGCUAGGAGAUGCGAAUGUGAUAAGGUGCAUUCGGUGCGCAAUGGAGCAGAACCGCACAAUGAACAGCAUCCGGCUACUCAACCCUGCCUUUGCAGAGACGCUCGAGACUGAAUAUCGUCCACCGCCCCCCAAACUCACAGAAUUGAUCGAAAAUCCAACGCAUGGACUGUCACCGCAGAUAAAUACUCCGACAUUCAGUCGAAAGGAUUCGGUUCUGGGAAUGCCACGGGCAGCAACGCCAGCGUUCGGUCGGCAAUGCUCGAUAACCCCAAGUCGUCCAGAUACUCCACGUCCUCCUGCCGGAUCGACUCCUUCGACACCGUACGCGGCAGAUGUGCUUCAAGACUAUGUUCAACAGAGUAUAGAGCUCGGGCUGCUGCCGCCGAACCAAGAGUACAUCCGACCCAGUGUCGAGCCCGAACUCCCACCGCGGAACCGGGCACGCGAGUCGACGCCCGCACAUGUGGUCCGCUCAUCCACACCAUCUCCGUUCUCCAGGCGAGGCACAGAUGUGGAUGUUAGAAUGCGAGACGCUUCCGGAACAAUUUUGCCAGGGGACCUGGGCCGAGAGCUCUCGCUUCCGCCACCGACCUCCCAACCAGUCUCUGUCGUUAGUUACCGCCCCGCCGUGUCUCGAGUCAAGCCGGCCCUUCCCCCCAUACCGGACAGUGGUUCUCCAAUAAACCAGCCAAAACGCGGCGAGCGGAGAAAAUCCGCCGUGCAGGGCUCAAAGGUUGAGAAGCGCUCCGUAACGGGGUCGACGUCGAAACCGAAGAGUCGAAACGUGACUAGGAAGUCGACAGCAUCGGUUGGCAAGUUGGUCGACAAGGCCAAGAAGAAGACCAAAGAUGCCGCUGAAAAUGCUGGAGGACAGGGACAACCGACGGCCACAAGCAAAGAUGGCGGCAAAGUCGCGGCCGCGGUGGCAAAGAUCGAGCAGCAAGUUAAACAGCAAGACGAGGAGAAGCAUCCGAAGCAGAAGGACGGGACGGCUACACUCGAGCUAGAGCUCUUCAAUGACCCGGUGCCGGCAGAAGCACGCUACGCCAUUUUCUCGCACACCUGGGAAGAUGACGAAGUUACUUUCGAAGACAUGAAAGGCCUUGCUGUCGCUAGGGGGAAGAGAGGUUUCGCUAAGAUUCAAGCCGUCUGUGCCUUGGCAGUCGGUCAUGGUCUCCAAAUGCUUGGGUCGACACCUGUUGUAUCGACAAAUCUUCGAGCGCUGAGCUGA